AUGUCGUCCGCCAAGAAGCUUCUCACCGUCUUUGGUGCUACCGGAAACCAGGGCGGCAGUCUCAUCCGUACUGUGCUCAACAACUCCACGCUCAACGCCAAGUACUCCCUCCGUGGCGUAACGCGCGAUACUUCCAAGCCCGCAGCGCAGGAGCUCUCCAAGCAGGGUGUCGAAGUCGUGCGCGCUGAUCUCGACGAUGUCGAAUCGCUCAAGAAGGCUAUCGACGGCUCGUACGGCGUCUUGGCCGUGACCAACUUUUGGGAAUCGAUGGACGGCGCCAAGGAGACCCAGCAGGGUCGCAACAUUGUCGACGCAUCUCUCUCCACCGGCGUCAAGCAUCUCGUUCUCUCCACACUCCACAGCGUCGACAAGCUUUCCAACGGUACCCUGCACACCCCGCACUUUGACAGCAAGUCCGCCAUCGACGACUACGCAAAGUCCCAGGCCGGCAACAAGCUUAACAUCUCGUACUUCCACGCCGCCUUCUUCGCGCAGAACUUCGAGACCAUGCUGCAGAAGGGCGAAGAUGGCAGCUACAGCAUCAACCUGCCCAUCGACCCCGCCGUGCGUGUUCCCAUGAUCGACAUUGUCGCCGACACUGGCAACUGGGUGGCCGGCCUUUUCGAAGCGGGCGACUCCGCCAACGGCAAGAAGGUUCAAGGUGUCAGCUGGUGGACCAACUUUGCAUCAUUCUCGUCCGACCUCGGCAGCGCAUUGGGCAAGAAGGUCUCGUACAACAACAUCCCCGCCGAUAUCUUCAAGAGCUACCUUCCGGAAUCCAUCGCCGACGAACUCACGGACACCAUGAAGCUCGUCGAUCAGUACAGCUACUACGGCAAGGAUACCGAGAAGCAGCAGGCUGACGACAACCGAUUCCUUCUCAAGGACGCCAAGCUCGCUACCGUCGACUCGUGGGCAAAGUCGCUCAAGCUCUGA